UUUUGUUAAUAAAUUAUUUAUAAAAUGCAAUUGGUUUUAAUUAAAUUGUGCGCAAAAUCAAAUUGAACUGAAUGUGAUUCGAUGGUUCGCAGUCACCGCCAACAGAUCUCCUGAAGGGGCAACGAGCUAAACGGAUUGUGCACAGAAUAACACCAUGGAUCAGUAUCUGAGUCGGCGAGAGAGCUGCUGGCUGCAUCAGCAUAAGCACACGGGCGAUGAGAACUUAUUGAUGCGUCGCAUUUACAGCUCGAUGGGCAUGUUUAACAGUUACCAUUCCAAUUGUAAACCUGGCACAGCCGGACAGGACACUGGUGCCAUAUUUAAUCUGGAGUUUAAUGCCGAUGGCAACAUAGUUGUUGCGGCCACGGAGCGCAAGUGCGUUCUGGUCUUUGAUGCAAUCACACAAAAGGAAAUCUUCAAAAUACCAGAUGCGCACACAGACAGUGUCAAUUGCAUUAAAUUUUAUGAUGAUCGUCUGUUUGCUACUGGCUCGGAUGACUUCACAGUGGCCUUGUGGGAUCUGCGCAAUAUGAAGGAAAAACUGCGCGUUUUGCACGGUCACUCAAAUUGGGUGAAAAACAUUGAGUACUCCUCAAAGGACAACCUGCUCGUUACCUCUGGCUUUGAUGGCAGCAUAUUUACAUGGGACAUCAAAUCGCAGACAGAGCAGGGCCUUAUCUCACAACGUGUCUUUCAUGCCAGUGGUCUGAUGCGCUGUCGCAUCUCACCAGCUGGCGAUAAGCUUGUCUUGUGCACCAGCAGCGGUUACAUUAUGAUCGUGCAUCACUUGGAUCUGACCACAUUACACAAGGAUUUGUGUGGAUUUAGACCUGGCAUCUAUAGACUUAUGCAGCUGGGCGACCAGUAUAUACCUCAGGCCGCUAAAUACGAUCAUGUAUUUUCAAGGCACCAGAAAAAGAAUCGCGUGGAGCUCGUUACCGAUUUUCCCGAGCAAAACGAUGCUGAAAUGAUAAUGGCGCUGCAGAUACAUCCACAAUGUCGCUGCAUGCUGACGCGUAAUGUGAGCUGCGAUGAACAGAGCGAAUGGACGUGCAUACACGAUAUUAACGAGGAGCCCGAACCGAUUGAUGACGAUAACGAUGACGAGGACGAGCCCUUGACAAAAAAGAAGCGCACACUAUUGCCACAGGCCAGUGACACAGACCAAGAUGAGUCCGAUCAGCGUUCACAUGCACGGUCUCAAGUACGCCGCAUCUUUUAUCCACGCAGAGUGAAUGGCACCAUGUCGUUGGUCAGUGCGCGCUCCGAUAGCUUCAUACCGGACAUCUGGGCGGCUGAGGUGACAGUGCAGGAGCGCGCCAUACGCCAAAGUCGUGCACGCAACUCCACCAACCAUGUCAGCGGCUAUAAUUUUGUGUACGCCAUCAGUAGUGGGGUGCUGCCACUGCGUUCCUCGUUGGCCAGUCGUCUGCUGAGUGGUGCGGCACGUACCCGUGUUGCAGCUGGAGGUGAGCCACCAGAUGCUCUAACCACAGAGACACCUGGCAGUCGCAGCAGUAGUAGCAGCAGCAGCAGCAGCAGUAGUAGUAGCAGCAGUAGCAGUGGGAGCGGCAGCAGCAGCAAUGAGACCACCACAAGCCUUGACCUUGGCGUACCUUUACGCAUGCGACCGCUCAGCAACAUCUCUGCCGCUGCAGUGGCAUCCUCGGGCGAGAAUGCUGCACAUACCAUAUUGGUGAAUGCCAAAAAGCUGCUCUACUAUGCCUCCGAAACGAACAACAAGCCUGGCUUUAUCAAGGAGCCGGGCUUUUCAGCGGAUGGCCGCAUCAUUUGCUCGCCUUAUGCCAACGGUGUACGUCUGCUUGGGUACCAGGCUGACUGCAGCGAUUAUCCCAGUCAGCUGAUGCUGGACCAGGUCAAGCAUAAUCCACGACAGCUGGUGGAGUUGGCCAACAUUAUUGAGCAUCAGGAUGUGGUGCUGUGUGCCAAGUUUAGUCCACGGGAACCACUACUAGUGACUGGCUGCAAUGGUGGCGAGGUGGCCUGGUAUCGACCAUGUCUCUAAGAGCGCCUCAACUUGCUGCAAAUCUGUAAAUUUGUUUUAUUCUUAGCUCCAGACACGUUUACUAUUUACGCGAAAACAACAAUAGUAAUAAUAAUUGCCAAUAAAUUGUAAAACCAAAAGCAAUUAGAGUGAACCGAUUAAAUUAAUAUCCUUUAUUAAUAUUGUA